AUGCCGAUCGCUAUCUCUUCAAUGAUUAUUUUUCUGAAAAUCCUUGAAGCAAAUCUUUUUGCAAAUCUUGCAGCAGGUAAUGCUCCUCCUGCUAAUUAUGUCAUCAAAGGAAAAUCAUAUACUAUGGGUUAUUAUUUAGCUGAUGGCAUAUAUCCAAAAUGGAUCACUCUUGUUCAAUCUAUUCAUGAUCCACGUGGCCCUAAAAACAAUAUUUUGCAAAGAAACAAGAAGCAUGUAGGAAACAAGAAGCAUGUAGAAAAGACGUAUAACGUGCAUUUGGCGUAUUGCAAUCAAGAUUUGCAAAUAGUAGCAGAACCUGCACGGUUAUGGAGGAAAGAAAUAUUGCAUGAUAUAAUGACUUCGUGCRUCAUUAUGCAUAAUAUGAUCAUAGAAGAUGAACGUGAUAUUAAUGCACCAAUUGAAGAACGAAGUGAAGUGCAAGACGUGAGAGUUGAGAUGAUGAACGAUAACAAUGGUGGACUUGAACAGUUUCUUGCUCGACAUAAAAAAGAUCAAAGAUAA